AUGGCGCCCUCAAUGUCCCUCUUCGCCGUGAACGCGGUCAUAAUCCUCAAUGCCGAAGAUGGCUCCCGCGUCUUCACAAAAUACUACAAUGCGCCUCAUCAACCAACCACCACCACCCCGAGCCCCUCAAAUCCUCCCACCAUCAGCAGCGGCGGGCCCUACCCCGACGUGAAAUCGCAAAAGGCCUUCGAGAAGGGCCUCCUCGAGAAGACGGCCAAGCAGACGGCGGACGUCAUCGUGUACGACGGCCGCAUCGUGCUGUACAAGAGCGAGAGCGACAUCAUGAUGUACGUCGUCGGCGGCCUGGACGAGAACGAGGUCAUGCUGUACAAUGUCAUCCUCGCCUUGCGGGACUCGCUGCACCUGCUAUUCAAGCAAUCGGUAGACAAGCGCACCAUCAUCGAGAACUACGACCUCGUCUCCCUCGCCGUCGACGAGAUCAUCGACGACGGCAUCAUCCUCGAGACGGACCCGACCAUCGUCGUGCAGCGCGUCAGCCGGGCGCCGACGCAGGACGUCACGAACCUCAAGGGCAUCGAUCUGAGCGAGCAGGGCAUGAACAACCUGGCCCAAUUCGGAAAGGCGAAGCUGGGAGACUGGUUGAGGCAGGGCCUGUGA